AUGCCCUCUGCAUCUUCUGCAACUGCCUUCCGUGAUGAGCUUGAACAGUUUGCUAAUGCCAACAGCUCGCCACCUGGCAGCCCCAGGCAACCGGCCACGGUUCUCGGAAAACGAAUCCGCCCCGCUGAGAGCACAAGUGAUUCGGAGGAAGAGGACACUAGCACUAUCAGAGGCCGCUCUCGAGAUCCUACUACCAGUCAAGAUGAUACUUCCCCUACCCACUCUACAGCACAGCCCGCAGCUAGUACCAACACAGUCAACCGAAACGUCCUCGAGUACGCCAAGAGACUGGGAGCAAAAACGAAGCUUCGUGCCGAGCAGCAAGAGAAGCUCAAUUCUUUUGCCACGGACUCUUCGGCCACUCAGGAGAUGAAGACCUUCUCACUUCUACUCGCCAUUCAGCAGCGGCAAGAUGAGUUUAUCACUAUGCAGGCUCCAUGGGAGCCCUCGGACGAACUAAUUGCCAACAUCCGAAACUACACAAUGGGCGUGUUACUUUCCAGCCGGCUCGCAACAUACAAGGGUGUCGUGCCAACAACUAU